CAUCGAGACGAAAGAUCGUGUUGGAUCUUUGACCAUCGUCGCGCUUCGAUCUAUUGGCCUUUCCUCAUCAAGCACUUUUCCGCCUGAACCAAACCUAACAAGCCUUUACUUGUCAUUGCAUUGAUACCAAACAGUCAAACAACAGCGUACUAGCUAGCAUAUAACAAUGGACUCGAUCAACCGGUUGGCAUCGAAAUGUCGUCCUGCGGUGGUGAGCGACCAAGUGUUGAACAGUGAAUGUGCGUUUACCUUUCAUUCUCCAUUUACAUCCUCCAAAGGGAUUGUGGUCAAUUUGGAAACAUAUGUCGGAACCAUGGAAGAGCUGGCAUUUGCUCCCAAUCAAAAAGAAGAAGGACUCUUUGUCCGCAUCGUCAAGAAGCGAAUCCCAAAAGAAGAGAAUGGCGACAACGACGACAAGAUGGAAACCACAACGGCUGCUGCUGAAGCACCCACCAAAUUGGGGAUUGGCGUCGAAGGUGGAUUCGCCGCGGAAGACGACAAAUUUGAAAUCGUCACGACGUAUUCCGUCGUGGUCAUGACAUCCGGGAAUCCUUCGCCUUCCAUUGAAACAGAACAGCCGUACAAUGACGACACCAAAGCCUCUUUCAGCGAAGCCGUGGUAAAAUUGGUGGAUUCCGUCAUUUUGCAUGCCGGCAUGACGACCCAACAAGAUGUCAAGGCAUGGCAACUCGACACGGACGAACAAAUUCUGCCCUCCAAAUAUUACGCCGAUUUACCCUUUGUGGACAAUGCCGUCAUGAUUGAUCCCAAUCCAUCGUCUUGGGCAUGUGAAAAAACCGGUGCCACGGACAAUUUGUGGCUCAAUCUCAGUGAUGGAUACAUUGGCGGUGGACGCAAAAAUUGGGAUGGAUCGGGUGGUAGCAAUGGAGCAUUGGAUCAUUUCGAAGAAACCGGAUCCAAAUAUCCACUCGUCGUCAAACUGGGAACCAUUACGGCGGAUUUGAAUUCCGCCGAUUGUUACAGUUAUGCCAAGGAUGAAGAUGGACCCGUCAAAAUUCCAAAUCUGGCAGAGUUGCUCGAAAAACGAGGCAUCAAAGUGGCAAGCAUGCAAAAGACAGUCAAAUCCACGGCGGAAUUGGAGGUGGAGCUCAAUUACAAUUAUGAUUUCAAUGCCAUUACUUCUGCUGGAACGACGCUAGAGCCGGCGUCGGGACCGGGGCUGCAGGGAUUGCAAAACCUGGGAAAUAGUUGCUACAUGAAUUCCAUCUUACAAAUGCUACUUUCCGUACCAGAGUUGGCCAAUCGAUAUGGAACAAAGCCGAAUGCCAACGUUGCCGAACAUCCACUCCUCAACAGUGUCAAACCCAAAGAAGCCCCCACCAAUUUACUGGCACAAACCACCAAAAUUGGGUGUGCGCUGACGAGUGGAGUCUUUGCCAAGCCAAUUAUCGAAGAGGAAAAAGAAAAAGACGCCAAAGAGGAAGAACAAAAAGACAACGCUGACACAACAACCGAUCCCAAAUAUCGAUUGGCACCACGCAUGUUCAAACAUCUCAUUGGAAAAGAUCAUGUCGAGUUUCGAACGGGACAACAACAAGAUGCCGCGCAAUUCUUGCAGUACAUGCUCGAGCAGGUCGAUCGAGCAGAGCUCAAGGCCAGUAAGGAACCCUACUUCGCUAGCAAAUCGGAAACCAUGCAUGUCUCGAGUCAUUUGUUCUCCUUCAAGACGACCGAUCGACUCGUUUGCAGCGGAGACGGAGGUGUCAAGUACAAGGGCAGCAGUGGGGCCGAAACCGUUUGGAGCUUGCCCAUUCCCAUGGACAAGGCACAAGUGCGAGAAGGAGAUGCAGCAGCAACCGCACCCGAAGUGAAACGCAUGAAAACAGACGAGGAGGGAGCCAAAGAUCCACCCAAACCGGUUCCCACCGUGGACUUUCAGGCGUUGUUGGAUCAAUGGGCCGCCGAAACCAACGUCGAUGGCAUUCGAUGGCCUCAUUUGCAAAAUGCCGUUCACAAGGCGGCCCAAACCACGCGAUUCGACAAUUUUCCACCCUAUCUGAUUCUGCAGAUCCAACGGUAUCAAAUGGGACCGGAUUGGCAACCCAUGAAACUAGAGGUCAAGUUGGAUAUUCCACAGAAAAUCGACCUGAACAAUCUACGCAGUAAAGGACCACAGGACGGAGAAACCAUCAUUCCAGAAGAAGAGGAAGCACCAGCUGCAGCACCGAACGCAUCAUCCGAGAUCAAUGAAGGGGCGCUGUGUCAACUCAUGGACAUGGGGUUCAGCAUGAACGGAUGCAAACGCGCCUUGACAGCCGUGGGAGGGAGUGACGUGGAAGCCGCAAUGAACUGGGUCUUUGAGCACAAUAUGGAUGAAAACUUCAAUGAUCCUCUGCCAGAACCCUCUGCGGCUGCUCCUGCACCAUCCGGCGGCGGGGACUCGGGUGUCGACGAGGGAGUCGUCAUGUCACUUGUGGAAAGCUUGGGCUGCUUCACACCUGACCAAGUUCGUGCUGCCUUGAAGGAAACCAAGGGAGCCGCCGAUCGUGCGGCGGACUGGUUGUUUAGUCACAUGGACGACUUGGAUGGUGCCAUUGCCGCCCUCAACAGCAAAGCUGCCGGAGCCGCUGCUGCUCCAAAGCUGCCUCUCGAAGAUGGCAACGCUGAAUAUGCUAUGAUUGGCACUGUGUCUCAUAUUGGCAAGAACACGGGCAGUGGACACUACGUGGCCCACAUGAAGCGUGGAGACAAAUGGGUGAUAUUCAAUGACGAAAAGGUGGCGUACUGUGAAGCCCCACCACUAGAGCAUGCCUACAUGUACUUGUUCGCUCGCAAUGACGCCACAACAAAUCCCAACUACUAAAUAUAUUGAGAUUGGCCUCUUGAAUGUAUGUGUUGCCAGAGUCGAGUCAGGCAAGAGAUGAGGCAGACUGGCACAGCGAUGCGAUGGGAGCAUCAUUAAUUUUAAAUUAGACUAGAUCGAGCCAAAGAUGCGUACACAUCUGCAUGGCAUACAUGUAGAAUCUUUUUGAGAGU